GCGCAGAUUAGCGGGCGCGCAGUGAUUGAGGUGGCCGGCACUGAUGCAUCGGAGUUCCUGCAGGGGAUCCAGUGCAACCACAUGCCGACCAUCGAUCAGGGCGGGCCCGGCAUGCUGACCGGGUUCUUGGCGCCGCAGGGCCGCGUCAUCGCCGACGCAUUCGUGUAUCCGCGCAACGCGGGUGUGAACUUCCCGCACCCGGUGUUCCUGGUCGAGGUCGAUGCGGCUGCCAAGGACAGGCUGCUGAAAAUCAUGCGGUUCUACAAGCUGCGUGCACGGAUCACCAUCCGCGAUGCAACAGACGAAUACGCAGCCUGGAGCGUGUGGGGUCCUGGCAGCCAGGCACUGGUGGGCAGCGAGGAGCCGAUCGGGAAAGUGCCGCGCGGCACCCUGGUGUUCAAGGGCGAGACGACGGCAUCCGGCGAUGUGUGGAUGGCCGACACGCGCGCGCCGGGCAUGGGUCUGCGGCUGCUUCUGCCCCGCGACACAGCGCGGCCGGCGCUGCCGCCCAGCUUCGAGGAGAAGUCCAGCGAGUUCUACUCGCUGCGACGCAUCCUGAAAGGUGUUCCUGAGGGCGUCUCUGACUUUGUCCCCGACGUAUCGGUGCCCCUGGAGUGCAAUCUGGACUACAUGCAUGGCGUGCACUUCAGCAAGGGCUGCUAUGUGGGCCAGGAGCUGACGAUCCGGACACACCACCGCGGGGUCGUGCGUAAGCGCAUUGUGCCUGUCAUCCUGAGCUCGCCUGAGGAGAACCCCACCGGUGCCAAUCCCCUGGUUGUGGAUUUUGGCUUUGCGGCACGGGUCGCCGCGCAAACAGACGUGACCAGGCCCCAGGCAGGACCGGAUAAACCGCGCAGCCGCAGGGUGGCGCCAGGCAAGCUCGGCAGCUGCGUCCACAACGCAGGGCUCGCACUGAUGCGCCUGGAGCUCGUCGACGCGUAUGUGCAGGGCGCUGGAUCGGAUGUGGCAUUCGAGACUGCUGACGCCAGCGGCGCCAGACUGUUUGUCUCGCCGUGGUCUCCCAGCUGGUGGCCG